CUGGAUUGUGAUAGCGACAGAUGUCUAGAAAACUGUGAGCGGGCACUCCUCACUUACAACACAGUCCUACACUGAACCUCGGAGAGCAGGGGCGGAAUCUGCAGCUGUCACUCCAAAGGUUUACCUCUAUUAUCACACAUCCAGCCGGACCUUGGAGAAGAAGAGGCACAAGUGAUCACUCUGUGGAAAUAGCCUACAGGAGAGACCAUGGGAGGCAAACUGAGCAAGAAGAAGAAGGGAUAUGAUGUGAGCGACCCAAAAGAUGCUAAAAAUGAGGCCCCAGCAAAAGCUGCAGUUGCAGAGGAGUCUGCUAUAGUGGAGGCUGAAGCCGCACCUACACAAGAAACGUUGCCAGCUGAAGCAAAUAAUGUAGUAGAGGAAUCUGUGGGGUCAGCUGUGGCAGCAACAACAGAAGCUGUACAAGCUCCAGAAGAGCCCAAAUCUGCACCUCCAGAGGAACCAACCGCUCCAGUAGAAGAACCAGUUGCUCCCUCUGAUGAACCAGCUCCAGUAGCAGAAGAACCAGUUUCAGCAGCUGUGGAGACCGCUCCUGUGGUCGAGGAGGUAGCGGUAAUUGCAGAAGAACCAGCUGUAGCAGUUGAAACGGCUCCUGUAGCAGAAGAACCAGCGGCAGCAGCAGCAGCAGAGGAGGUAGCUGCAGUUGCAGAAGAAUCAGCUGCAGCAUUAGAACCAGCUGAAGUAACAGAAGAACCAGCUGCAGCAGUGGAGGUGGAAGCUCCAGUUGCAGAAGUGCCAGCUCUAGUAGCAGAAGAACCAACUGCAGCUGCAGAACCAUCUCCAGUAGAAGAACCUGUUGUAGCUGCAGAGGAGGUAGCUGCAGCAGCAGAAGAGGUGUCGGCCCCAGUAGUAGUAGUAGAAGAACAAGCCCCACUAGAGCUCCCACAGGCUACAGUAACAGAACCAGACAUCCCAGAACCUGCACCUGAAGAACUCCCUGUAGAAGAACCAGUUGCAGUUGUCGAAGCUGUUUCAGAGCCAGAAAUUGUUCCUGCCAGCACAGAGGACCAAGAGCCCAUCCAAGAGAUUGUUACUGAGCCAGAAGUAAUUGUGGUGGAGACAGUAUUGCCUACUCCUGUCCCUGAACCAGAGGCAGUGGCUGAGCCAGAGCCAAUCGUUGAGCCAGUGCAAGAACCAGAGCCAAUCUUUGAGCAAGUGCAAGAACCAGAGCCAGAGCCAGAGCCAGAACCUGUACCAGAGCAAGCUGAGCAAGUACUUGAGCUGGAGCCUGAGCAAAAGGCUGAUGCAUUGGAAUCUGCAGCAGAAGUUGAAGUGGUUGUGCCGGUACCAGUAGUAGCCACAUCUGACAUUACUGAAGCACCCCAGGUAUUGGAGACUGCUGCAGCUGAGGUCCCCCUUGAACCUCAGCCUGUGGAAGAGCCAUCCAUUGCUAUAGAGGCCUUGAGCACUGAGGCGGCAGCUGAGCCAGAAGCAGCAGAACCUGUCCCUGAGAUUGUCAUCUCUGAGUCCGUCUCUACAAGCGAAAUUUGCGAAAUUUCCACAGAGGUAGCUCAGGCCCCCGUGGAAGAGGUACCUUUCCCAGAGCCUGAGGUAGAAACCAAGAUGGAAAAUGGGAAUUUAGAGAGCCCCUCUAUUACAGAGGAUGUGGUGCAAGUAGAAGCACUCCCUACUGUGAAUGGAGAUUGUACAGAUUCUGCCUCCACACCGGUGGAGGAAUGCAUAAAUGGUGGUGAGGAGACGCCAACCAAGGAGCAGAGUGACUUUGAACUGAAAAAGGAGGUGCACCUGAGUGGGGAUGUCCAGGAAGUUCCAGAUUCAGUCCCCGACAUAGUGGAGCCUCUCAGCACUGAGGUCACCCAGGCAGUCUGAAGAGAAUCCAUCAUUCAAAUCAAUGUGAAUUCAAUUUAAUCCCCUGAUGGCAAGAGAGUCAUCAAGGUAUCACAAACACAGCUAGGCUUUCUGGAAUGCUGUAACCACCGCAAUGUCUAUAAUGGUAACUCAGGCAAAAGGAUGUUUUCUGUCGAGUAACCAAAAAUGAAAUGCAACCACUUGAGGAUUGAAACAGAGAGGGAGAGACAGAUAGCGAGAGAGAGGAAGUUGAAGAUGUGUAGAGAGGAGAGUUGAGUUUGAGGGUGAGUGUUGACAAACUGUGAAACUGGAUAGCAGAGCGAAAAUACUGGACAGUAAAUAUAAUUAUAAUUAAAAGAAGAAAAAAAAGAUAAAAUCUGUCUUUGUGUGUGAGCCCAAUGAAUAUUAUGAAGUGGUCUAUUGGAACAGCAUUCAUUAUUAGUAUGUUAUCUGAUUUAGAAUGUCAUAUAUCCUUUCUAUAACUAUAUGCAAAGUCAUGGCAUAAAUGUUUUGGCCUUUUAUAACAAUGGUACCUGUGAGGAGUGUUCAUUUGAAACUGAUUGUUCGGAAUAGAGAAUAAAAAGAGAUUGUUAUAGCCUAAA